AUGACGUAUCUGAUUGACGAGUCGCAAACUGCUUUUGUGAGAAACAGACAGAUACUCGAUGGAGUGUUGAUUGCGAAUGAAUCAAUAAGAUGGCUGAAAAAAAAGAAAAUACUGGGCACUCUCAUUAAACUAGAUUUCCAAAAGGCUUAUGAUUCCAUCAAUUGGUCUUUCUUGGAACUAAUAAUGGAUAAACUGGGCUUUGGUAGGAAAUGUAUAAGAUGGAUUAUGAAUUGUGUUACUUCUGCAUCGAUGUCUAUCCUUCUGAAUGGAUCCCCCUUGAAACCUUUUAAGAUGGAAAAGGGUCUUAGGCAAGGCGACCCCCUAUCACCAUACCUCUUUAUCCUGGUCAGUGAAGCCCUGGUGUGCCUUUUGAAAAAGCCGAGGACAUGA